AUGCUGCGUGGUGCGUGGAGUUUGCUGCCAAGCGUGCGUGAAGGCAUGCGCGUGAGCGUGCGCGUACCGGGCAUGCAAGUGCGAAUGAAGAGCACGGAGAAGGGGAAGGAGGAAAAGGAGGCCACGCGUGACUCGACGCAGCAGCGGCUCGAUCAGCUCGCGAGCUUUCUGGAGAGCCAGCCGAAAGAGCGGCCCGCGCGGGCGCCACGCACUGCAGGAUACCAGCGCUCGCAAAACAAUACGACGCAGAAAGGUGUGCAGGCAAUGGCAGGUGCCCGCCGUACCGAGCAGCUUGGGCCGACAAAGACAUUCCAAAAUGGGCAGUACUACGACCCGUACACGCUGGAACCUACCAAUUUGACCAUGCAGCGCCGCCGGAGAGCGCUCCCACUGCUUGGCCCGACGAAGCGCGAGGCAAUGAAGCAGGACCCACUUCAUAUUCUCGGACUCAAUCCUGCAAAGCCGUCGUUGGCCGACGACACGUACAAAAAUGGGGCGCUGCUCGCAGAAUUCACCUCUGAAAUGGGCAGAAUCCUGCCGCGCAAUAUCUCGGGCCUUACACGCAAGAGCCAGCGGUACAUCGGCAAAGCGAUCCGCCGCGCGCGUGCGCUGGGUAUCUUGCCCGUGAUGAGCCGUGGCCACGGGCCCAAAGGCUCGGGGGGCUGGAGGUGA